GCCACAGUUACGUUACUUUGGAGUUUAGUAGCCUGAAGUUGUCACCCAUGAUUAUUUGAAGUAUAGCUAACGUUAGCUCUAGUAAAUCCGUUAAUAAUAAAGUAAAGAAUAAACCAGGCGCAGUUUUUGACAGCUGUGGUUUAACUUAUAUACAAUGACGUGCCACAUACUGUACUAUGAAAUGUGCUCACUGUGGGAAAUCUAAAACAAUAAAUCCUCCGACUCGAGUGACCGAACAGGUGUGCGACCCAACGACCCGGCUCUUCGUGGGAGGGAGUGUUCGUUUUAUUCAUCGGCGUUGAAAAGAAAACACCAUGACAGCCUUGCGGCGUUAUCGACUCCGCCUGCAGCUCACCGCCCCCUAACAACAACAACAACAAAAAACCAACAACACCAAAUACACAUCAUUUUGACGUCUGCUGGCUCCGUGCGAAGGCGUCGACGUUCUAUUGGCGUUUCCACAACAAUGCGCUCGCACGUUCGGCCCCGCCCGCCGCCGCCGCAGCAGCAGCAGCAGCAGCAGUGACGUCACUAGGAGGGGCAUCCCUCUGCCGGUGUUUAUUUCAGAAGGCGACGCGACACGGACCGGGGAGUCGAGUCGGAGGACGGACGGGAGCAAACAUGUUCGAGGCGAAAGGAGCCGCCUUUGUGCUGCUCGACGUAGCGUGUCUGGUUCUGGUUGGACUUCCAUUUGCAAUACUCACCCCGCGACACAGUCCUUUCCGCCGGGGCUUUUUCUGUAAUGACGAUUCAAUCAAGUACCCCCUUAAAGAAGACACCAUUUCCUAUCAGUUGUUAGGAGGUGUCAUGAUUCCCGUCACGAUACUCACUAUGAUAAUCGGCGAGUGCCUUUCAGUCCAUCUGAAGCGCAUCAAAUCCAAGUCGUCUUUCGGCAGCUACGCCUCCAGCGUCUACAAGGCCGUGGGCGCGUUCGUCUUCGGCGCCGCCAUGAGCCAGUCGCUGACCGACAUCGCCAAGUACUCCAUCGGCCGCCUCAGGCCGCACUUCCUGGACGUGUGCAAGCCCGACUGGAGGGGGAUCAACUGCUCGGCGGGGGCGUACGUCGAAGACAUCGCCUGCACGGGGGACCCGGACUUGGUCAACGAGGCCAGACUUUCCUUCUACUCCGGACACUCCUCGUUUUCCAUGUACUGCAUGCUGUUCCUGGCCCUCUACCUGCAGGCCCGGCUCCAGGCCGACUGGGCGAGGCUGUUGAGACCCACGAUCCAGUUUUUCCUGAUCGCUGCCACGGUGUACACGGGAUUGUCCCGGGUGUCUGACUAUAAGCAUCACUGGAGCGAUGUGCUGACUGGACUCCUGCAGGGGGCUCUCAUGGCCAUCCUGGUGGUCUUCUGCGUGUCAGACUUUUUCAAGCCGCGCGUGGUUCCCCUUAAAGACGAAGACAUCCCACACACGACCCUGCAGGAGACUCCGACCAACGGAAACCACUUUGAGAGUCCCAACUAAGCUAAGACGGGAGGAGGAGAAGGAGGAAGAAGGGGAGGAAGAGGGGGAGGACGCCUCUCCACCCAGAACCCCAGCUCUCUAGCCCUUCGUCUCACACCAGCGAUCCAGCGUGAGUUUUACAGCUGGUUCUUACCUCACGUACGCCAGCUGCUCUCUCCGCAUCGGUCCAGACGCAAAGACCUUGUUACUUGUCCCUGACCUUUUGGAGAGAGGGAGGGGGCCUGAUGAUCAGGCCUGAUGUGACCUGGACAGAUGUGGGUCAGGGGGCUAGAGACUCUGGAGAGACAGAGAGCAUUUAGCGCGCAUGCAUCUACUGAGCUGCUGGGGAGACGUUACUGCUGCCUGCGCCCACUAAAGGGUCCAACCACUGCUUGGGGGGGGAGGGGGGGG